AUGGAAAAAUGCACCAAGUGCCCAGAUGAUCAAUACUCAAAUAAGAAGAGAGUGCAAUGUAUGCCAAAAGUUAUAACCUUUCUGACUUACAAAGAACAUCUGGCCAUCAUUCUGGCCUCUUUUGCUCUACUAUUAUUCCUGACCACCGGAUUCAUUUCAAUCAUAUUCCUUAAAUACAGAGAAACUCCCAUUGUCAGAGCCAACAACAGGGAUCUCUCUUACAUCCUCCUGGUCUCCCUCCUGCUUUGCUUCUUGUCUUCUUUUCUCUUCAUUGGUCAACCAAGAAAGUCCACCUGCCUACUCAGACAAACAGUGUUUAGCAUUGUCUUCUCCGUUGCAAUAUCGUCUCUCUUGGCCAAAACAAUCACAGUCGUGCUGGCUUUCCUAGCCACAAAACCAGGAAAUCAAGUGAAGAGAUGGUUGGGGAAGAGUUUGGCUAACUCCAUCAUCCUUUCUUGUUCUGCUGUCCAAAUUAUCAUCUGCUCCAUCUGGCUUGGAAUUUCUCCACCAUUCCCUGACUCUGACUUUCAUUCCCAGCCUGGAAUGAUCAUCCUGCAAUGCAAUGAAGGCUCUGUUGUCAUGUUCUACAUCACCCUAAGCUACAUGGGAAUCCUGGCUGCCAUCUGCUUCACGGUGGCUUUUCUGGCCAGGAAUCUUCCUGGGGCCUUCAAUGAAGCCAAACUGAUCACUUUUAGCAUGCUGAUCUUCUGCAGUGUCUGGAUCUCCUUUCUGCCCACCUACCUGAGCACCAAAGGAAAAUACAUGGUAGCUGUUCAGGUCUUCUCCAUAUUGUCCUCCAGUGUUGGGCUGCUGGGCUGCAUCUUUAUUCCCAAGUGCUACAUUAUCAUUCUGAGACCAUACCUGAAUACAAAGGAACACCUUGCAAUUAGAGGAAAUGUAGAAAUAUGA